CGGGGCGCGGGCGGCGCGGGCGCGCCUCAGUCCAGUCCACUCGCGUCUCAUCCCCGCGCCGCCCGCGAGUGUAUUACUGUGACUGUGACUCGUGGCAUACCCUUCUGGAAACCCCUUUACCACACUAAACGAGAAGGUUGACGACGAAUCCUGUGAUGUCCCUCUCAUAAGGCUGAAGAUAGAGAGGGAUGGCGUCUCGCGCGGGCACGCGCGGGUCGCGGGGAGAGGCGCAGCGCGCGCUUGACGAGUUCGAUGAGCUGGCAGGUCUACGAGGCGCUGGGGCAGCCUCCCAAGGGGGUGGGGGGGCGUAUACCCUGGAACACCUCGCCACCUUCACCGUCACGAGAGAGACGGGGAUAGUCUACCCUGCUGAUGGAAUGAGACGGCUGCUACAGCUGGAGAAAACCAACGGAAUAUGGAGCCAAAAGAUGCAGUUAUGUUUAGACGGACAGUGGGUGCUUGUUAUGGACUACGAAACAGGGUCCGUGAUGGAGCGCUUCCCCGCGGCCUGGGUCCACUCCCCUACCGCCUUCACCUCCCCUGAGCCCGCGGAGCUGUACAACAACGUACUCGCCUUCGUUGUGGGCCCCCCCUCCUCCCCCUCACCGGCUAACUCCCCCGCACCUGGAGAAGCGCCGAGGAAGGAGCUACACAUCUUCCAGUGUCAUGAUGUUGGGGCACAGGCGCUAGUUGAAGAGCUAAAUGCGCUAAAGGGUGGCGGAGGGGGCGGAACAGACGCGGGGAGGGAGCGAGACUUCGUGAUUGAGAGAGAGAGGGAGAGAGAUGACAUCGAGCGACCUCGGCGGCAGCAAAUGUCCGCGCAGCUGGGCCGCGAGCGUGAACGCGACGACGCCUCCUCAACGGGCUCCGAGCGCCUCUACGAGCAAGACAUCGCCAUCCUCAACCGCUGCUUCGACGACAUCGAGAAGUUCAUCGCCCGCCUCCAACACGCCGCCGCCGCCGGCAGAGAACUGGAAAGAAGACGACGGCGACGAGGCAAAAGACAAGCCGGAGCCGGCGAUGGAAUGCUGGCUUUAAGAACGCGUCCGCCGCAUGAAAGAGAUUUCGUCGACGUCCUACAAAAAUUCAAACUAUCCUUCAACUUGUUGGCGCGUCUCCGCGCACAUAUACACGAUCCUAAUGCUCCAGAACUAGUACAUUUCCUAUUCACGCCACUGGCUUUGAUAGUGGAUGCGGCGCAAGAUGCGGAGGGCGGGGCGGCCGGGCCCCUGCCGGCGAGGGUCGUGCAGCCGCUGCUGACGAGAGAUGCGUUAAAUCUGCUGGCGAACUGUGUGACCAGUAAAGAGACGGAGCUGUGGCACUCGCUGGGCGAUGCUUGGCUUAUACCUAGAGAGCAAUGGAAGACCAGCAUCCCACCGUACCAGCCAGUCUUCAUGGACGGAUGGUCGCCAGACUACCAGGUGGACGAUCAACCACUACGCAGAUCAUCCCCCCGUCGCGUGUCAGCGGCAGGGGAGCCCCCCGCGGAGCCCUACUACGAACGGGAGGAGCCCUCACUGUACGGAGAACAACAGUACCCCCCAUACGACAGGUCUCCCGCGCCGCGUGCGCACGAUUCCGGCUCAGCAGCAUCGUCGCCAGAACGGGAGCCGUACCGGCAAGAGGACGAAGAUGACCUUGGCGAAGCGUGGGCUCGUGGCGUGGCGGCCCGCGGCGGUCGUGUCGUGCGCGUCACAUACCCGCGCACCGCCAACAACGACAAGGAGCUAAGUGUUGUCAGAGGAGAAUACUUAGAGGUGCUAGACGACUCGCGCAAAUGGUGGCGCGCGCGCAACCGGCGCGGCGUCACUGCGCACGUCCCGCACACCAUCGUGGCGCCGGCCGCGGAGCCCGACCCCAACCUCUACCCCAACCCCAUCUACACGCACUACCAGGAGAGCGGCGGCCGCGGGUCGGGCGGCAGCAGCCCCGUGGCGGCGUCGGGCGCGGGUAGGCGCGGCGCGGGGGGCGCGGGCGGUGCGGGGGGCGCGGCGGACGCCAACGCGGACUGGGUGCGCCGCGAGCGCCUCGGCAAGAAGGACAAGGCGCCGCCGCCACCGCCGCCGCCUCCGCCACCGCCACCGCCCCCGCCUGUGCCUGUGGCCACGGACACCAUCAAAUCUACGAAAUCGGUGGUGAGCACAGCGACCAACGGUGGCGACCUGGCGGAUGAACUGCGGGAGGUUCUACCACAGAUCCAGCAGCGGAGGAAACUGCUGGAGUUCAAGAAGACUCCUGAAGUGUUCAUCCACCAGAAAUCGAACCCCGAAGAAGUCGCCGAAUGGUUGGAAGCCAAAGGUUUCUCUGCCACCGCGGUGCGCGCGCUGCGCGUGCCUGGCCACGCUCUCUUCAGCACUCCGCGCUCGCAGCUGGAACAGCUCCUGGGACCUGACGAGGGCAAGCGCCUGUACAGCCAGGUGCUGGUUCAGCGGAACGUGUCCGGGUACAAGACGACAUCAGCAUCAGAAUUGCAGAGCAUCCUUCGCAAGGUUCGCGAGAAGGUGGAGGUCUCGUGAGACCCCCCCCCCCCUUCCACCAGCCCACUCGGGAAAACUUCGUCAUGAGAUCCCUUCAUCACGGGUCCUGUGAGCUCAGCCAAACCAAGGACGAUAUAUACCGGGACUGGCAAACCCAUACACAAAAAAUUGUACCUAAAUGCUAAUAAAACUAGAUGGGCUAGAUGGCGCUGUUUCACAGCCUGGAAGUGGCAAAAAUCAUAUUUUCACCAUAUUUUAAGAACAAAUGACGUAUUUCUUUAUUUUAUAUUACUUCAAUACCUACAUAAUAUUUAAUAAAAGAAAUGUAUAGGCCUCAUCAGUGUAGUUAUGAUACUAUGUAAUAGGUGGCGCUAAAAAAAUGGAGGUACGACGCGUAGAAGAUUGUCAAUCCUUUAUAUAUCACCCUUGGCCAAACUGGCAAUAAAUUAUCGGCAAAAUGCUGAAAUUGCAAUGUGAAGGCUCUAAGAGCUGUACCAAGCUAACAAUGAUUUUGAUAGCCCUACCAACAUUUCGCAGGACGUUUAUAAUAAUAUUUUCAUCACACCCGCACUUUAAAUGUGCUAUUGCAUGUGAGUUAUAGAAAAAUCGUUCUCCCAAGGGAAUAAUGAAAUUUCUUGUACCGUAUUUAACUUUUUUACAUCUA